UUAAUUCGGUUAAUUGAUAAAAAUUUAGUUAAUAUUUUGUGUGAGUUUGAAACCUCUUCUAAUGUGAGAAUCUCGUGUUGAAAUAUUUAGAAAAUAUAGGUACAAAAAUUGGGAUAAAAAUAAAUUAAAAAUUGUAAGAUUGACGAGAAGAAAGAGACAGAGGGUGUGACGAGGAUUGCUAUUAAAGAAACUAAAGAACCACAUGAUCUUGUUACUUACGGUUUUUAACUUUAGAAACAUAAAACAAGACAUAGAAGAAGGGAGUGAAAAACAAUGGAAGGAACGAUCAAAUUAGACGGUUGUGGGUACGAGGUUACAACUUCAUCUCACCUCUGCGUUUCAGUCAUUAACUCCUACUACCAUCAGGUUCUGAGCUACGGUAGAGAGAGAUGUGUGAUUCUGGAAGCAGUGGUCCAUGAUAACUACUGUGUAUUAGCCAACACCUUAGUAGCUCAUUUUCUCUACUCCUCCGAUUCUUCUAAAGCUGCUUCUUAUCUUCAUACGGCUAAGUCCCACCUCGAACAUGCCACGUUGUACGAGAAACUAGUUUUUGAUGUCAUCAGUUAUUUAAUGUCAGGAGAUAGAGACGAUGAAGUAUCUGUUGAGUUGCAUUCUAAGCUUCUGAAGGAGUUCCCAAGAGAUUUGGUUUCUCUAAAGAGAGCACAAAUCUUGUGCUUCUACAUGGGUCGGCCUGAUCUUUCUUUAUCCCUUGUUAAUAAGGUUCUACCUCAAAACGAAGGAGAAAAUUACAUAUAUGGCAUGCUUGCUUUUCCUUUGUUGGAGCUUGGAAAAAUGAAAGAUGCUGAGAAAGCUGCCAAAAGAGGAUUUGAAAUCAACAAGAAAGAUGGCUGGUCACAGCAUGCUUUAUGCCAUGUUCUUCAAUACGAGUGCCGUUUUAGAGAAGCUGUUAAGUUCAUGGAAGAAUGUGCAUCAUCAUGGAAUUCUUCUUCAUCUUUCAUGUUGACACACAAUUGGUGGCAUGUUGCACUUUGUUUCUUAGAAGGCAAUGCUCCAAUGCAAAGAGUGCUCGACGUAUAUGACAAUUAUAUAUGGAAGGAGUUAGAAAAACCCGAUGCUGCAGUUCCUGAGGUUUACUUAAAUGCCGUGGCUCUGCUUCUGCGGUUGUGUGUACGCGAUGAAUUGAACUUCUUGGGCGAUCGGCUCAAGAUGCUUGCAGAUCGCCUAGCUGAUCAAGCAAACUGGUAUUUAGAGUGGCACCUUGAUGUAUUGACAGUUUGGGCUUUGGCAAAGACUGGACAAAUUUCUAAGGCAGAAGAUCUUCUCAAGGGCUUAAAAGACAGGCUUUCAAGGAUGAAUAAAAAGAAGCAACAAAUAAUGCAGAAAGGAAUGAUGCUUGCAGAAGCACUAUAUGCAUAUGAAAGAGGUAACUAUAAACACGGAUUGGAGUUACUUGGUCCAGAUUUUGAUGCCAGUGAAUGCAAGGUAAUUGGUGCAUCUGAUGAACAAGUUGAUGUAUUCAAUGAAGUUUGGUACAUCAUGUUGCUGAACAGCGGAGACGUAACCAAGGCAAUUGAAGUGAUUGAGAAGCGAAUCAAGAAGAGAGACGGCACUGCUUUCUUAUGGCUUUUGUUGGAGAGAGGAUACAAACUAGCAAAGAGACCAGAAGAAGCUGGAAUUGCAAAUGAGAAGGCCAAGGUUUUGGAGAGUGCUUAUUUUUAAUUAAGAGAAUAAUCACAUAAUCAAAACAUAUCUAGUUCUUUGUGAAAUGUGAAUGCAUAAGCUACCAAUACAAAAAAGCGAGUCCUUAGCUUGGUGCAACAUAUUAUAAUGAAAUAAAUGUAAUUCAUAUAUAGCAUAUAAAAAAAUUAAUGCAACUCACGAAUCAUGAGUUAUGACAAUGACAAUGAUGCUUUGCUUGUGGUUGGUUAGGAGGUGCCUCCUUCCCCUCUCUUUUUCAUGAAUGAAAAAUUGAGUUAAUAUCUUGAACGCUUUUA